UCACCACCUCUCUCACACGACUGUCUGCCCUCCAGCUACCACUGCUACCGCCUCUAUAUAUCUAGACGCUGCCGUUGCUCUCAGCCCCAGUUUGCCGCAAAUCCUACUCGUUCGUACAUCAUGGGUAAAGACGGUGAUGUCCCGCAGCCGGGGGCUGCACGUCUAUCCAAAGGCGCGGGGCCGGAUGAAUGGUUGGAGCAGGCAAAGCAAUGCAAAUACCUACCCGAAGCUGAAAUGAAGCGCCUUUGUGAGAUUGUCAAGGAAUGUCUGAUGGAGGAGUCAAACAUCCAGCCCGUUCGAACUCCUGUCACAGUAUGUGGUGACAUUCACGGUCAAUUCUACGAUCUUCUAGAGCUGUUCCGAGUCGCUGGCGGCAUGCCCAGCGAUGCCCCCACCGCUCCAAUUACCCCCGCAAUCCCCCCUACGAUCAAGCCUGAGGAUAUUGAACCACCCACAACCAUUACAGACCCCCGUGCAAAGCGGAAGAUGAAGAGAAGGUUUCAACACGAUGAAAGGUACACAGGUCCCACGAGCCCUGGCGAUGAGGACGAGGAGGAAGAGGAAGAGGAGGAGGAGAGAGGGCGGAGCAGAAGCAUCGGUGCCAGGAGGAGUACGGAAGAAGAAUCGACUGCUGGAUCUACGCGAAACGUUCCUUCUGGCAAUGGCCAGCAGAACUACAUUUUCCUGGGCGAUUUUGUAGACCGAGGCUAUUUCAGUCUCGAGACAUUUACUCUGCUCAUGUGUUUGAAAGCCAAGUUUCCCGAUCGAGUGACGCUGGUCCGCGGCAACCACGAAUCACGACAAAUUACCCAGGUAUAUGGUUUCUACGAGGAAUGCCAGACGAAAUACGGCAAUGCUUCUGUAUGGAAAGCCUGCUGUCAAGUGUUUGACUUUUUGGCCCUGGCCGCCAUUGUAGACGGCAAGGUUCUGUGCGUGCAUGGUGGUCUCAGUCCUGAGAUUCGAACUUUGGACCAAAUACGCGUCGUGGCUAGAGCCCAGGAGAUUCCACACGAAGGUGCUUUCUGCGACUUGGUCUGGAGUGACCCUGAGGAAGUCGACACCUGGGCUGUAUCUCCCCGUGGUGCCGGCUGGCUGUUCGGAGACAAGGUUUCGUCCGAGUUCAAUCACGUCAAUGGCCUGCAACUGAUUGCGCGAGCGCAUCAGCUUGUCAACGAAGGUUACAAGUAUCACUUCAAAGACAAAGACGUCGUUACCGUUUGGUCUGCUCCCAAUUAUUGUUACCGCUGCGGAAAUGUUGCGUCUAUUAUGAAUCUAGGCGAGGACCUGAAGCCCGAGUUCCAAAUCUUCAGCGCUGUUCCCGACCACAAACGCGCCGUGCCUGCAGGAAGAGGUACCCGCGGUGAAUACUUCCUAUGA